AGUCAGAUUUCCCCUCAGACUCAGAUUCUGUAUCCAUCACCUUCACCUAGAUGACAUCCUCUUCUUCAUGUCUUCUUUCUCUUUCCAAGUCCUUUGCUUUAUUUUGAAGGUUCUUCUGCAUCUCUUUAUAGGUAUAAGCAAUUUAUUGAAAUCUUUUUUAAAAGCCAAGCUUUAAUCCAGGAAAGGAUCCAUAUCAAUUGCAGCAUCAGUGAGGCCUGAGGUCUGGCAUCAGACAGCAUUCAAUUUCCUCUGUCUGCAAAGACUUCUUCCUAUGGACAUAGACUCUCAGUUGUGACUAAAGAUUGAAACUUGAGUAGCUCACUAAUUUCACUUUCCCUGAUAUCAAUGAAUCUUAAACCCACCUGUUUUGCAGACACUAAGUUUUUUUAACUUCUUCAUUAGCUCUAGGGAAAAUGCAUCAUCAUUCACACAUCCUCCCACAGUUUCCAGCAAGCUUAAGAGUGGCUGAUUUUAUAUCACCCAUCACCUCUUUUAUCACUACCAAAGAAUCAGCAAUAUUGUACUGUUGCCAUGUUUCUUUCAGAGUAAGGCGAAGGUUUUUUUAAAUACAGUCAGCAAAGUGGUCAAACAUAUGUUUGGUGUAAUACCUCCCAAAUGCUUCGAUUAUACCCUAACCCAAGGGCUGAAGAAAGCUAGGGCCUUCCUGAGGGAGAAACACAAUCAACAUUAGAAUGAACAAAGAAUAAUGAAUCUGGGUGAUUGGGACCUCCGUCCACAAUUAGCAACAUUCUGAUUUCCGGAUUUUUUUUUCUGUUAAAUGACUUCGGACUUGAUGGAUAAAAAAAUAACAAAACCAAUCCAUAAAGUGGCAAUGGUGAUUCUGGGUGUGUUCACAAGAAAACAGGAAGGCGUUUAUCUCUUUCUGAAAGACAAGUGGGGGAUUAGAGUCCUUGUAAAGCAGCAGUGGUUUUAUCAUUUUGUCACCUGAGGCACUGCCACAAAAAAAAUGAGGGAAAUCCUGUCCUUAGCCUCCUCUAAGCUUUCCAGAGUUUUGUCUUUUGCCCCAAAAGUAGGAAGGCACGCACAGAAAAGAUGGGUCGUCUCCUUGGUGUUGAAGACCUGUUGAGGCACAUAGCCUCUCUCCAGUUGCUUGGAAUACUCGGUGCCCACUCAGCAUUUAAGGGUCCUUCCUCCCCAUCAACCUGGUACAUUGCAAAACAGCAGCGAUUUUUAAAGUUCUCAAACCACCCCUUGCUCCCAUGAUACUUAUUUGGGUUGUCCUCCCCAGAUGUUUCCUACAGGUUCCCUGUGGAUAUAUUAGGCCUGGUUGCAGAUGGCCUUCCCGGUCAGAUGUCGCCCUCUACCAUCUGGCCCUCCACCUAAAAGGUUAACUGGAUCUCCACCUUCACGAUGUUUACAUUACCGGGAAUACACAGCAGCUUGGAGCAGAUGGGCGACCAACUUUCCACACUGGUUUUUUUUGGUUUUGGGGUGGGGGGAGGGCGCCAAGGUGUUGGGGAAGCAGGGUCUUGCUGUCACCCAGGCUGGAGUGCAGUGGCAUAAUCACAGCUCACUGCAGCCUCGACCUCCCAGGCUUAGGUGAGCCUCCCGCUUCAGCCUCCCGAGUAGCUGAGACUACAGGUGCGUGCUACCACACCGCACUGAUUUUUUUCUUCUUCUUUUUUUUUUUCUUUUUGGUAAAGACUGGGUUCUCACUAUGUUGCCCAGGCUGGUUUCGAACUCCUGGGCUCAAGCGAUCCUUCCGCCGCGGCCUCCCAAAGCGCUGAGAUUACAGGCACGGCCACCGCGCCCACAGCUGCUUCUCCUUGGUGGACUGAUCAACACCAACAAGGCGGCGCACGUCCCUAUUACUCACGCCUUUGUCCGGCUCCUGGAGAAUACUCAUCCAGUCUUCCUGGAGGCACGACGCUCCGCCUCCUCUUGACAGGUGUCUGGCCCAGGAUCAAGAUUCCCCUCCAGGCCUCCGCUCCGCCUGGGGCGGCCUCACCUGCGGUCGUAGCCGCGGUGGCCUCCCUAACGGCUGCGGUCGCCCCCGCCUAGAGCCUGGUUUUGGAGCCGCGAGGCCGCCCACGAAGCUCUUUAACUUCCCGUAAGUCCCCAUCCUCGCCGCUCCGCUGGCUGGGAAUUUGGCAAGUCUUGCCCUACGCGAUAAACACGUAAGCCAACUGGCUAACUGGCCUCCGCAAUCUCCUGAGCAGCGCCCUAGAUGACGCCAGACAGAGGGAGCCGCAGCCACUGGCUACAGUUGACACGGCACUAACGGACACUUCUCGCGAGGCUUGGCAGCCCCAUAGCAAUCUCAGGGACAAGGAGGCUGUGAUCAGCAGAUCUCGCGACGUUCAGGGAAGCGCCCCGGGAACCGGGCCGCUGGGCCAACCCCUGCGUGGGGAGGGGCAAGAUGGCGGCCCAGGCCUUGGCGUUGCUGAGGGAGGUAGCGAGGCUGGAAGCGCCGCUGGAGGAGCUACGCGCUCUUCACUCAGUGCUGCAGGCAGUGCCGCUCAACGAGCUUCGCGAGCAAGCGGCGGAGCUGCGCCUCGGCCCGCUCUUCUCCCUGCUUGAUGAGAACCAUAGGGAAAAGACUGCUUUGUGUGUAUCCAUUCUGGAGAGACUGCUGCAAGCUAUGGAACCAGUUCACGUGGCCCGGAACCUCAGGGUUGACCUGCAGAGGGGACUAAUUCACCCUGAUGAUUCUGUAAAAAUCCUUACCCUUUCCCAGAUUGGAAGAAUUGUUGAAAAUUCUGAUGCUGUUACUGAGAUUCUAAAUAAUGCUGAAUUACUAAAACAAAUUGUUUAUUGCAUCGGUGGAGAGAAUCUAUCUGUAGCAAAAGCGGCCAUCAAAUCCCUGUCAAGAAUAUCACUAACCCAAGCUGGACUGGAGGCUUUAUUUGAAAGCAAUCUGCUGGAUGAUUUGAAAAGUGUAAUGAAAACAAAUGACAUUGUUCGAUACAGGGUGUAUGAGCUAAUUGUAGAGAUUUCUUCUGUGUCACCAGAAUCUUUAAACUACUGUACCACAAGUGGAUUGGUAACCCAGCUCCUGAGAGAGCUGACUGGUGAGGAUGUGUUGGUCAGAGCCACCUGUAUAGAAAUGGUGACAUCACUGGCAUAUACUCAUCAUGGACGACAGUAUCUUGCUCAAGAAGGAGUAAUUGACCAAAUUUCUAAUAUAAUCGUUGGGGCAGAUUCAGACCCUUUCUCUAGCUUCUAUUUGCCAGGAUUCGUGAAGUUUUUUGGAAACCUGGCUGUCAUGGAUAGUCCUCAACAGAUCUGUGAGCGUUAUCCUAUCUUUGUGGAAAAAGUCUUUGAAAUGACAGAAAGUCAGGACCCCACUAUGACUGGUGUAGCUGUAGACACAGUUGGAAUCUUGGGAUCCAAUGUUGAAGGAAAACAGGUUUUACAGAAAACAGGAACUCGCUUUGAACGCUUGCUUAUGAGAAUAGGACAUCAAUCAAAGAAUGCCCCAGUGGAGCUAAAAAUUAGAUGUUUGGAUGCAAUUUCAUCUCUUCUGUACUUACCACCUGAGCAGCAGACUGAUGACCUUCUGAGGAUGACAGAAUCCUGGUUUUCUGCUUUAUCUCGGGAUCCACUGGAGCUCUUCCGUGGCAUUAGUAGUCAACCCUUCCCUGAACUACACUGUGCUGCCUUGAAAGUGUUUACGGCCAUUGCAAACCAACCCUGGGCUCAGAAACUUAUGUUUAACAGUCCAGGUUUUGUAGAAUAUGUGGUGGACCGGUCUGUGGAGCAUGACAAAGCUUCAAAGGAUGCCAAAUAUGAACUAGUGAAAGCACUUGCCAAUUCCAAGACAAUUGCAGAAAUCUUUGGGAACCCAAAUUAUUUGAGGCUCAGAACUUACCUGAGUGAAGGUCCAUACUAUGUGAAACCUGUUUCCACGACAGCAGUAGAAGGAGCCGAAUGAUUUCUUCUGGAGUCUCAUGUAGAGGACCACGCUUUGACCAAAACUUCUCCUAAGGCAUUUGACUCCAUCUAUAUUUCACAAAAGAGACUUCCUUCCCCCAAGAAUUAUCAUGGAUUGUCCGGUGUUACUUUGUCACCAACAUUGUUAUGUGUCUACAUUGAAAUGCAAAGUGGAACUAGGAGUUUGGAAUGCAUUAAGAGCAGGCAAGCUUGGUUAUAAUCCAGUGUUUUUCAGAUUCCUUUCACUGCCUUAAUCUUUGCAACAAGAUGGAAGUUUUUUUCUUCCCUCGAAAUUUUCAUCGACAUACAAUCUUUUUUUUUUUUUUUGAGAUGGAGUCUCACUGUGUCGCCCAG